GAUCAUGGGGUGGAAAAAAUUCAUUAUCUCCAACAAACUCCUAUAGUAACAGAGUUAAAAAGUUUAAUAUAUAUGUGUCGUCCACAACUACAAUACAUGAAAUACAUAGCUGACCAUAUUAGAAAUCAUCAACUCGAGCGAGCAAACAGCGAGGAAGACGGACAGAAAUAUGAAUACCAUUUGUACUUUGUUCCACGCAGGACUAUGAUAUGUCAGAGAGUCUUGGAAGAAAAAGAAUACCAUCUGGACCUGAUUCCUUUCGAAGAUGAUGUAUUAUCUCUUGAACUAGAUAAUAGUUUCAAGGAGUUGUACUUGGAUGGAGAUUACACGGCAAUUUACUAUGCUGCAAGGGCGUUGAUGGAGUUGCAGAAAGAAUUUGGUUUAUUUCCGAGGAUUAUCGGAAAGGGUGAUUGCGCAAAGCAAUUAGCCGACAUGCUGAUUCGAAUGAGACGUGAGAGAGCUGUAGACGAUCCAGUCUCUGCCUUUUCCGUCUCGCCCAGCAUCGACACUCUUAUCAUUAUCGAUCGACAAGUGGAUCAAAUAACACCGCUUUGCACUCAAUUAACCUACGAAGGCUUAAUUGAUGAAGUAUUUGGUAUCAAGACUACUGUCGUCGAGCUUGAUUCUAGCAUAGUGGGACCUCCACCGCAAAGACCAACUGCUACAGCAACUUCAACCGCGUCUUCAUCGACAGCAUCUCAGGCGCCGCCGCCUCCGCCUGCUCAGCCUGCAGCCAAGAAGAAAAAAGUGGCGUUGAAUUCGAGUGAUAAAUUGUUUGGUCAAUUGAGAGAUGUGAAUUUUGCUGUUGUCGGUGGUAUGCUUAAUAGAGUGGCUAGAAGGAUCAAUGAGGAUUACGAAGUAAGGCAUCAAGCAAGAACAGUGGCUCAAGUAAGAGAAUUUGUAAACAAACUGGGUGGAUUGCAGUCUGAACAUCAAUCCUUACGAAUGCAUACUGGCAUAGCUGAGGAAAUAAUGACGUAUACAGUUACCCCAGAGUUUAAUCGUACUCUUGAAGUCCAACAAAAUCUUGUUGCGGGCAUCGAUGUCAACACCCAGAACGAAUAUAUUGAAGAAAUGAUUAAUCGACAAAUACCUCUGACGUACGGUUUCGAACAUCUUCAAACUCUAAUAAACCUCGAGAAAUUGAAUCUAUUUAUUAAGCAACAGUCAACGAAAAACCCUUAUAAACACAUCCGCCAAUUUCUCAAAUUAAUCGUUGAUGAAGUCGACGAACACAACCCGCAAGAUAUCUCGUACGUGUACUCUGGAUAUGCACCAUUGAGCGUGCGAUUAAUACAAUGCAUCGUGACAAAAGGCGGACCUAAUGCAUUGGCUCACCCCACUCACGUCAACGCUGCUAUUGGGGCCGGGAACUCGACAAGCGGAAUGAAGAUUAAUGGUUGGAAAGGAUACGAAGAGGUGCUACGGCUGCUUCCUGGGAAAUCUUUUGACGAAAUACAAAAGAUUGACGAUGGAGUUAUGAAAUCUAGGAGAGCACAGCAACCGCGAGUGACUCUUGUGUUCUUCUUGGGAGGAUGUACGUAUACUGAGAUAUCGGCAGUGAGAUUCCUUAACCAACAAGACGAGGACACACCAACUGAAUCUCAAUGCUCGGUUAAGAAUACGCGCAGUUUGUCGCCUUCAGAACACUCGGUUUCUACUAAUCGAUCAUUUCCUCCGGCAGGCACCGUCCAUUUAAUGAGAGUAGGAAUUUUGCGUAGAGAAAUACGCUGA